AUGGCACUGGAAGACGACAAACCGACCGCGUCCCGGUUGUCGGACCCAGAGCGUGAUUUGGAUCUCAAGGGCUCCAUCGUCGCCGGGGUUGAUGAUCCAGAUGAAGGACGGAGUGAGGAAGAACGAGCGGCAAUCGAUCGGAAGCUGUUGUGGAAACUCGAUCUUCGCCUCGUGCCCUGGCUAAGUCUCCUCUAUCUAGUCUCAUUUCUGGAUCGAACAAAUAUCGGCAAUGCAAAGCUCGUCGGCUUGCAAGAUGACCUGGGCAUGUCAAAUGCCCAGUUCAAUGCCACACUUACCAUCUUCUUUGUCUCGUAUUCGAUCUUCGAGCCUGCGACCAAUAUCUUGCUUAAGCGGCUGCGCCCGAGUAUUUUCAUUCCCUUGAUCAUGAUGUCAUGGGGUAUCUGUAUGACACUGAUGGGCAUAGUCCAUAACUACGCUGGCCUCAUGGCUGUGCGCUGGUUCCUAGGUCUUUCGGAAGCGGGACUGUUCCCCGGCGUGGGAUAUUUCCUCUCAUGCUGGUACAAACGAUCAGAAUUUGGAGUACGAAUGGCAAUCUUCUUCUCGGCGGCUGCACUUGCCGGAUCCUUUGGAGGUCUCUUGGCUGCGGCGAUUGCGAAAAUGCACGGCGUAGGAGGGCUGGCAGGCUGGUCGUGGAUCUUCAUCUUGGAGGGUCUGCUGACGUUCCUGAUCGGUGUGGCCUCGUUCUGGUGUGUGUAUGACUUCCCGGACCAGGCUCGCUUUCUCUCCAGUGACGACCGCAAGCGGGUGUUGAGGCGUCUUGCGCUGGAUCAGCAGUCCAGUGCCGAACAUGAGGAGUUCAAGAUGGACUACUUUUGGGCCAGCGUGAAGGAUUGGAAAACGUAUACCGGGGCGGUGAUUUAUAUGGGAGCUGACGGGGCGCUUUAUGCGUUUUCGCUCUUUGUGCCGACCAUUAUCAGUGAACUGGGUAAUUGCUUUUCUUGCUGCUACAGUUCCAUUCGUGCUCAACUACUGAGUGUCCCUCCUUAUGCAGCGGCUGCAAUUUUGACGGUGACAGUUGGGUACAUUGCUGAUCGCACCCGACAGCGAGGUUUAUGCAACAUUGCCGUUUCUUUCCUGGGAAUGGCUGGAUUCUCCAUGUUACUGGGCUGCGAAUCUGCCGGGGGGCGCUACGCAGGAGUGUUCCUGGGCGCCAUGGGCAUCUACCCAACCAUUGCGAACACGAUCUCAUGGGCGAGUAACAACACCGAGGGCGUGUACAAGCGAGGCGUCUCCAUCGGCAUCAUCAUCGGCUGGGGCAACCUCAACGGCAUUGUCUCCUCCAACAUCUACCGCGAGGAAGACAAGCCGCGAUACUACCCCGGCCACGGAGUGGUUCUCGCCUACCUGGUUUUGUUCUUAUUUGGCGGGUCUGUGGUGCAGUAUCUGCUGCUGCGGCGCGAGAAUGGUAAGCGCCGCCGCGGCGAGCGCGAUGCCUGGGUGGAGGGUAUGGAUCAAAGUCAAGUUGAUCUGCUGGGCGACCAAAGACCGGAUUUCAUUUACACGCUGUAA